UACCUAAAAAUGGGAAACUCAGUGCCAACCGAACUCAAAUCUCUCAACUUUUCUGAAGAUGAACUGAAAAAGCUAUACAAAAACUUCUCAAAAAUUGAUAAAGAUAAGAGUGGAACCUUAGAGCCAGAAGAAUUUUUCGACAUCCCAGAAUUGGCCCAGAAUCCGCUAGUAAAAAGAGUUAUUGCAGUCCUGGAUAAAAAUACUGAUGGAAAAAUUUCCUUCCUAGAGUUCGUGCAAGGAUUGUCAUCUCUCUCAGCUUCAGCUUCAAGCGAGGAGAAGCUUAGGUUUGCUUUCCAAAUCUACGAUGUUAACAAUGACGGAUUUAUUUCAAAUGGAGAAUUAUUCAGCGUACUCAAAAUGAUGGUUGGAAACAAUCUCAACGACACUCAACUCCAGCAACUAGUGGAUAGAACCAUCAUUAAAGCAGAUGAAGACAUGGACGGAAAGAUCUCAUUUGAAGAAUUUUGUAAAAUGGUUCAGGAUCUAGAUGUUAUCGAGAGACUCGUUAUUAGCACUUAGGUAAACCUGAGCAAAACCGAAUGUUCUUUCCAAAUAAUAGAAAUUUCG